AUGGAUACUUUGAUUAUAGUAGGAAGCAUGGUGACUCUCUGGUCGGAGAUUCCUAUGGACAUCUUGAGAUCAGUGUUCGAACGUUUGAGUUUUGUCGAUCUCCACCGCGCUAAGAUCGUGUGUUCGCAUUGGUAUUCAUGUUCGAAACAAUCGUUUCUCCGAAAAACCAGAUCUCCCUUGGUGAUUCUGUUUUCAGAUGAUGGUGAUUGUACUUUGUAUAACCCUGAGGAAGCUAGGGUUUACAAAAGUAAGAGAGACUUAUCAAGGUAUCGAUUCCUAGCAAACUCAGGUAACUGGUUCUUAGUUCUUGAUCCUAGAUCCAAUCUCUAUAUCAUAGAUUUGUUUAGCGAGAAGAAGAUCAAUCUUCCACCUCUAGAUUCAUUCAAAGGUUACAAAUAUAAUCUUAAGAAAGUUGGAGCUAGAAAAUUCAAGGAGCUAGUAUCCGAAUAUCCCACUUCUUUCCACCAUCAUGCGAAGGAUCUGAGAGGUCUUUUGUGGGUAGACGAGAAGAAAGAAGAGUACGUUGUUGUAUGGUACUUCCGUAACAAGUAUACGAUGGAUUCUUUAGCCUUUUGCAAGAACGGGGAAGAUCAUUACCGUGAGAUGCCAACACACUAUGGGUUACAUGACAUAUCUGAUAUGGUACUACAACGUGGUGACCAUAUUUACCUCUCAACGAGUUGUAAAUACCUUCAAAAACUUGAUUUGUCUAGACAAGAAGGUAUAAGGACCAAGAAUGAUGAUAUAAUAUCACGCUAUCAAUUGCCAUGUCGUCCGACGAAUUAUAAAUUGGUAUAUGAUGCAAAGUGUUGGUGUAGCUAUAACAUUGCUGUUACAUCAUCAGGAGAAGUUUUGUUUGUCUUGAGCAUCUUUUCGCAGUCAACAAGGCGUAGGAUCUUCUUUCUAUACAAGGAGGAUCCUAAUCCAUCCCCGAGUGAGGUUAUUUACAAGAAUCUUGUUGAGGUAGAUUCGUUAGGAGACGAGGCGCUUCUUCUGGAUUUGGGUAUCACCGUGCCUGCUGAUAGUGACCUUGGUAUAGAACCAAACUCUAUCUAUUUCACUCGCCAUGAUCGAGUAGCUAACCAGAAACGUUCAUCUCCUGACAUCUGUGUGUUCAAUAUUGUAACAAAGACCCUCAAACGUUUCCCAGGUCUCUCCAGCUUAAAGGAUGCUCGAUGGUUUCUCCCGUCUUGAUUUGUUUCUUUUUGCAUCCUUUGUGGUGAUUCUUAAGAGACUUGUACACUUUCU